GGGCACUUCGGACGGGAGCGUGGGCAGAGGUUGUAAGACGGUGGUGGACGGGUCGCCGGAGGUGAAGUUCAAACGCCUCCUCACGACUCACGUUACAACUCGACAUUGUCCCCAUCCCUCACCCCCUCCUUCCAGAGCACAGUCGUUCAUGGAGACAGCGUCUGUAUAUUUCCAGCGAUAACCCACGCCUGCAGCCGCUCGUUCCAGCACUCGCCCCAUUCCCGGUUACUGCCCUCCGCCCGUUGUCUCGCGUCUACCCGCGUGUGGCGCGGGGACAGCCCCGGGUCGGCCGGCCGGUCGGGCAGGCCCGCAGUCUCCGAGGGCGUCUGAAGGACAGCCGAGGGGGCGUACACAACCGGCCACGUGCACACGGCGUGCGGAGAGGCGGACCGGCCGGCCGGCCGAGCGCCAGUGAGCCGGUGUGAUCAGGUGCGGGAGCGGUGCCCCGGACGGAGCUCGGCUGCUUACGAGUGAAACGCAGAAGGGAACACAAUGGCUAAACCUAUCGCGGUGCUCAGCGUGUCUGACAAGCGCGGGGUGGUGGAGCUGGCGGCCGGGCUGGCCGGCGCCGGCCUGUCUCUGGUGGCUUCCGGCGGCACCGCGGCGGCCCUCCGCGCCGCAGGCGUGGCCGUCGAGGACGUGUCGACCGUCACCGGAGCGCCAGAGAUGCUCGGCGGGCGAGUAAAGACCCUCCACCCGGCCAUACACGCUGGUAUCCUGAGCCGCCUGGACGAGGGAGACCAGCGCGACAUGCAGGCUCAGGGCUACCGGAUGAUCAGCGUGGUGGUGUGCAACCUGUACCCGUUCUCGGAGACUGUGGCCAGGCCGGGCGUCACCGUCCCCGAGGCCAUCGAACAGAUCGACAUCGGGGGCGUCACCUUGCUGCGGGCGGCUGCCAAGAACCACGCUCGGGUGGCGGCCGUGUGUGACCCGGACGACUACGAGGCCGUGCUCGCCGAGGUCAAGGCGUCGCCCAGCGGAGACACCACGCUGGAGACCAGACAGCGGCUGGCGCUGAAGGCGUUCCUGCAUACUGCGCGGUACGACGAGGCCAUCUCGCACUACAUGUGCCACCAGCUGGCGGAGCCGCGCACCGCCAUCACCCUGCGCUACGGCAUGAACCCGCACCAGAAGCCGGCGCUGCUGUACGGAGGCGACGGCCACCUGCCGCUGACGGUGCUGAACGGCUCUCCGGGCUACAUUAACCUGCUGGAUGCGCUCAACGGCUUCCAGCUGGUGCGCGAGCUGACCGAGGCCCUGGCGCUGCCGGCGGCCGCCUCGUUCAAACACGUCAGCCCGGCCGGCGCCGCCGUCGGCCUGCCCCUCACAGAGACGGAGGCCAAGGUGAACAUGGUGUCGGACGUGGCUGACGCGCUCACGCCGCUGGCGGCCGCGUAUGCGCGCGCGCGCGGCGCCGACCGCAUGUCGUCGUUCGGCGACUUUGUCUCGCUCUCUGAGCGGUGUGACCUGGCCACGGCGCGGCUGAUCGGCCGGGAGGUUUCUGACGGUGUUAUUGCUCCCGGCUACACGGAUGAAGCUCUUGAGGUCCUGAAGAAGAAGAAAGCCGGAAAGUAUUGUGUACUUCAGAUGGACCCCGCGUACAAGCCGCCGCAGAUGGAGACUCGAACCGUGUACGGCCUGCGGCUGGUGCAGGCGCGCAACGACGCCCUCAUCGGCCGGGACAUGUUCACCAACGUCGUCUCGGCCAACAAAGAGCUGCCGGAGUCGGCCGUGCGGGACCUGAUCGUGGCCACCAUAGCUCUCAAGUACACCCAGUCCAACAGCGUGUGCUACGCGCGCGACGGUCAGGUGAUUGGUCUGGGCGGCGGCCAGCAGUCGCGCAUCCACUGCACGCGCCUGGCCGGCGACAAGGCCGACCGCUGGUGGCUGCGGCACCACCCAGCCGUGCUAGGACUCCAGUUCGUAGCCGGCACCAAGCGCGCCGACGUGGCCAACGCCGUCGACAACUUUGUCGGCGACACGGUGGGCAAGGACAUGAGCCGCGCGCAGUUCACGCGGCUGCUGGAGGCGGAGCCGGCCGAGCUGACCGCUGACCAGCGGCGCGACUGGGUCGGCCAGCUGCGCGGCGUGGCCGUCAGCUCGGACGCCUUCUUCCCGUUCGAGGACAACGUGCACCGGGCGCGCCAGUCUGGCGCCGACUAUAUCGCCGCGCCGGCCGGCUCGGUCAACGACGCGGCGGUUACGGCGACCGCUGACGCGCACGGGAUGGUGAUGGUGCACACGGUCACGCGCCUGUUCCACCACUGACCACGCCACCGCCCGGGAGACUCCGAGAGAGACAAAAAGACAACGCCGAGUCUCCUACACCAACCAGUGCUGCCCUUUUGCACGUUUUGGCCUUACAGUAUUCAUCGAUGAUAGCCGAUAGGAUGGUAGGUUUCUACUGCCUAUCGAAUUGUUGAUAGCUUAUGCGAUUGUACAUAGGACCGAUUCUCCCGUUAUUCCAAUAAACCUAAGGAUAUUUAGCACCGAUUGGCGAAAAUAUCGCCACAUUGUAGUUCAAUUUCUUACGCAAGCAUUGGAUAUAUGUAUGACGGUAGGUAGCGUAUAUGCUUCCAUUUAUAGUGCCAUAGCCAAUCCACAUUGUUUUGUAUUCUCAGCUCCAGCAUUCACAAGUCACAACCGCGCAGAAAUGAUGUCCAAUUGUCAUUCGUGAAUAGAGUGGUUUAUGCUAAA